AAACCUACAUAUGUUUCAAUACAUAAAAACUAUGCUAAUUACAAGACUCCGCCUAUAAAUAUUGUUUAUUUCAACUUGUAAUUUAUUUAUUACGAUGUGUUAGUAAAGUCCUAGUAUUUACAGUCAAAAACGAGAUAAUAACGGGAGUAGAAACAUUUUAACAGAAAGAUUCGGUCGUAGAAUAUACAACAAAUCAUAUAACUAACACUUACUUUAGCUUCUCAAAUUACGAAUGACAAAAAUUAACAUCGCCAAUGUUCGAUAUCGCAAAAUAAUGCAUUGGAAUUAUUUUUCAUGAAUACAUCCUACGGCCGACUGAAACCGAAUCCAAACAUCAAUCAAAUAACGACUAUAAUGGUACAGCAUAAGAUGUUAAAUCCAUUGAAUUAGUUUUAGGUACACAGGAGUACUUACUAAAUUCAUGGUUAAAUCAAAAACAAAAAUAUGAUUCGAACAAUUUUUCUCACUCGUAUUACUUGGCAGCUAGGUACCAAUAGCGGACGGGUAUGGCGCUCUGCGAUUGGCCAAAGUGAUAAGCUGAAAUAUAUUCGCAUGUAUCAUUACAGACGAGAACUUAGGAUUUCAUACAAAUAUUUCAUUUUCAUACAAAUACUCGGUAUGUCUUAGGCAAAACGGCAAAAUUAUGCGUAAAUCCACAGAUAUAAAAACAUCACAUUGCGUAAAACUGACAAUUAUGAACAAGGGACAAGAAACAUUUGCGCUCUGUCUUUUCCAAGUACUUCGUAGUACCUACUAAUUCCAUGGUCUUUUCUUCUGGUGUAUUUCUAAUACGCGUUUCUCUUUCUUCUACGAGCUGAAAGAAGUUUAAAAUUUUCUCUGUCUAUAGUAGCCUGUUUUUAUAUAUUCGGUAUUACCUCCUUGCACGGAGAAUUCAUAAAGAAUAAAUUCAUAACUCUCAUUAGUGUCAUUCACGUCUCAAACAACAUCGAUUUUAAUCUUGGCAUUUACAACUCCUCCCAUACACACACCAAGGACAAAAUGACAAAAAGCACAACAGACGAGUACGGGAAAUCUAGUGAUAGGGGAAGUAAGAGCACUGACAGGAGUUCCGUCAGGGUUCCCAUCCAUUUUAAUGUGCACAAGCCUGGCUUCCACUUCGAGAGCUGCUGUGGUGUUUGCAAUCUGUUCCCAGGGGUGUUGCUGAUCGCUUUCUGCCAAGUUCUGGUCGGGUCUAUCUGUCUGACACUCAUCCUGACACACGGCAAAGUUUAUGAUGAAAUGCAUAGGACUAUGGCGACACAAUUCAUGAGCGUGGCAACGGGGACUAUCCUGAGUGGAGUAACGGGAGCUGGCCUGCUGCUCAUCAUAGUGGCCCUCACGGAGAACUGCAGGGCUAUGCUGGUUUACCUGCUGGUGGCCACAUUUGUGUGGGUUGGAAUUCUCGCUUUGGCCUUAACUAAAAUUUCGUGGGCAUGCGUGCGGUUUAAACAUGCUUCGAAAAUAAAGGAUGAGGAACAUCGGCUAGUGAACCUAGCUUGUGUGAGUGGACUCGUCACUUUCUUCGGAGGCGUUAUGUACUUCUUUUCAUUUAUGGUUGUGUUCAGCUUCUACCACUUCCGGUACGUGCGGCGCGCCAUCUUGCUCCACGAAGCCGAGUGCAAAGAAUAAUUGUAUUUAAUUUUACUUUUCAUUCUUUGAAUCUUUUUCUUUCAAUAAGAGCUAUGCUCAGGUGAAAGUUGUAUUGUAAUUUUGUUAACAGAUCAUUGUGGAUUAAUAUUAUUUAUUAAAAUCUUAUUACAGUUUUAAUAAAAUAAAAUCGUGCUUUGUACUGAAGGUUGAUGACGGUUCCAAAUGACCAAAUUCUUUGAUUGAUUAUAAAUAUAAACGUAGGUAUAGUGUUAAUUAGUUGUGUUUAUUAUUAACAUUUCUAAAUUUUACAAAUCUCUUUUCAACAUCUCGAAGACGGGAAUCAAACAGCUGUUAUAUUUUUAUUUUAUGUUAUGGCUCCAUGUUGAGAGGU